AUGUACCUGAGACCCAACAGCGUGUUCGGCGUCUUCAUUCGGCGGCUAAAGACCGCCUGCGACGGAGCCAGCUUCAGCCUCCUCUCGGCGACCUACGAGGAGCUCGUGCGUUUUACCGGCGCGGGCGUUGGAGGUCCGCUCGAGGAAGAGGCUGCCUGUGGGUCACAACACAUACGUCGGCGCGAGGAAGAGGUUGCCCGCGGGGAACAGCUCACCGUUCGGCUAGAGGAAGAGCUUGCCCGUGGGGAACAGUUCAUAGCGGAAGUGCGUGCAACGUUGGAUUCCCCUGCCAUGGACCUGUCGUCUCCCUCCGAGAGCCCGCGGCGGGGUUCCGAUUCUGCUGGUGGAGGUUUUCCUGGGGAGGGGGCGCGGAUCCGUUACGGUGGUGGCUCGGGGAUGGGUCAUCGCAACGCCAUAACCUCCUUGCUUCGACAUCGAGCCGAGCGAAUUGACCUACCAGGGGGUUCGCUGGAAGAGAAGAGCGAACAGGGAGGAGAGGCGUUUCAUAGCGGUGGUGGUGGUGGUGGUGGUGGUGGGCGUCGGGAGGAGGGGGGUUUGUUUCCCCGGGAGAUUUCGGCCUGGCAGCUGCAGUGGCGGCUCCAGAGGAAGGUCCUGCGGCUGGAGAACGGGCUGAGCAGCCAGGUGCCGUUCGAGGAGAUCGAGAGCGAGGUGCAGGCCGCGCUAGGGUCGCGGUCCGACGUGCCCAAGGCUCACUUCUUGCGGCUGGUGAACUGCAUGCACCACCGCGAGCUGGAAGGUUCGCUGGACAGCCUCCACCGAUACUUCGACUACGCCGUGCGCAGAGGCGGUCCGAGCAUGUCCAAUGCGGAAGGUUUUCUGGACCUCGCCAAGGGCGCUCAGGGGGGAAGCGGCCGGCACACCCCGCAGCACGCCGCGUUGGCGCUGGCAAGGCUUCAUUUCGAGUUCGGCCACCUUGAGCUGGCAUCGCUGGCCCUCGGGGAGGCCAUCAGAGUGGCCCAGCAGAGCGGCGACAAGGCGUGUGUCGCGCAAGCGAUGGGAUGGCUGCACCAGCGGCUGCUGGUGGAGGCCGGGGCGUUCGAGAGGUUCGGGUACUCGGACAUGGCCGCGGCGUGCGCUCGCUCGGUGCUUCAGAUCCACGGCGACAUAGCAACUGCCUCGAGCGUCGAGCUAGCCUCCGCCUGCAUCAUCAACGCCACCCUCAGAGGGAAAACCUUGCCGGGCCUCCCCCCGCCGCCCGUCUUCGGCGGCUCAGCGGGGACACCGGGCGAGGAGAGAAAGGGCGACGGGGAAGAAGACGAGCAAGGUUGCGUGUUUGCGGUGGCGCUCUCCAUCGCGCUACGGCAGCACAAAGAGUUCCCUCACCCGGUGUCGAACGUCUGGGCCGCGGGGGUGAUGGUGCUGCUCCACGAGUGGAUGGUCAACAGGGGGGAGUUUAGAGCCGCCGAAGGGUGGGCAGAGGCCGUGAAGGCAGCCUCCGACCUGGCCAAGCUCAGCGACACUCGGGGCCUCGCCCCGCAGUACGCCCGCCUGCUGCUGGAGCUCUCCCGCGCCUGGCUGGGGGCGGAGCCGGCGUCGCCUGUCGGGGCGUUGCCGCACGCGCUGCGGUGCCUGGCGGUGUGCGAGAGCUACACGCUGGACGCCAUCCACGCGUCGGCGAUGACUCACCUCGCGCAGGUGCACCUCCGCAUGGGCUCGACACGACGUGCCCGCAUCCUCCUUCAAGCCUGCCUGGGGCAGCUGCUGGCCAGCGCGCCCGUACAGUCGCAGGGUGAGGCCUGGCUGGCGAUGGCCAGGUGCGACAUCGCGGAAGUGUCUCUCGGCGGUGGCGGACAGACUUCCACGGCGGUACCAGAAGCAGGCGGCGAGGGAGGCGUUACGAUCGAAGGAGGAGGAGGAGGAGGAGGAGGAGGGGGACGGGGGGCGGGGGGCGGGCCGGCGGCGCCGGCGGCGCUAUCGGGGCCUGCGGCGACGGGGAGGGUGCGGCGAGGGGAGGUGCUGAGAAGAGCGGUGCUCAACCUCGACCGAGCGAUUGCGAAGCUGAAGCGUUGCCAUGACUUCGCCGGGCUGCGGGAGUGCUUGUAUCUCAAGGCCCGCGUUUGUGCGGAGCUGGUGUCAGAGCACGAAGAGGCAUCAGACAAGUAUAGGGCGACCGUGGAGCGAAACGCCUCCUCAAGAGAGUUCCUGGCGGUUUCGAAAGCCGUGGCCCGAGCUCUGGCUUGCCCCUCUCCCGGUCUGAAAAUCGGGCCCGCGGAGGUCCGGCGAUACAUGUCAGCGUCGGUGGAAUCGGUCCCUUGGAGUUGUUAG